GGACAAGCAGAAGUUUUUUUGACGACGUUUCAGGUAAAGUUGAAAAAUGCCCUUACAUGGAAAAAUCGUGGUCAUUAAGAGGAGUGGAGUAGAUGGGACUGAAUUUCCCCUGACUGCAUCAUGUUUAUUUGGAAGGAAGCAGGAGUGUGAUAUCCGUAUUCAGCUUCCGAGUGUUUCCAAGGAACACUGCAGAAUUGACUUAAAUGAAAAUAAAGAGGUUAUUUUAACCAAUCUGAGCUCAGCCAAUCCAACUUGUGUCAAUGGAGAGACUCUGCAUCAGUCGGAGCGCUUGAAGCACGGAGAUGUGAUAACAAUUGUUGAUCGUUCUUUUAGGUUUGAGUACCCACCAGCACCCACACCAAAGAAGAGAUCUUCUACUGGAGCUAAAUCUGAAACCCUCAAAGUUCUUCGAGAUCAUCAGGUGAGCGACUCUGUCAUUGCUGAAUCAGGAGAAAGAAGGAACUUCGAAGUAUCCACAGGCCCUCAUUUUAAAGAUGGAGCUAACAUUGACAUUCAGCGAUCACUGGAGAAAACUUUGGAAGAGGAGUCCAAGGAAGAUGGAGGUCAUCUGCAAAGCAAGACCAACUCUCCCUUUGGUGAUCUGUAUCAAAUGAUCAAAAAGUCCCUCGAUGUCAAGACCCCUCGCAAGUCCUGCGUAAGUCAGGUUCAGACGCCUUCUUCAAAGUUUUGCACUCCGAGGCCUGGUUCAGUCAUGAAAAUUGGUAGGAAAUCUGCCAACUUCACACCUAAGAGGGAGGAAACUAAACUCCUUGAAGAACCUAAAUUUGAAAGCUGUGAAGGCCCACAAUCUGGUAAGAAGCUUGGAAAGACCAUCUCAGUUUCUCCUGCCGCGGUCGGACCCAAAAUGAAAAGAGAUGACUGUGCAGCCGAGUCUGAAGCGACUUCAAAGCAGAGGAGGAGCAGUGUGACUGUCCAGAAGUUUACUGCGUCUGAGGUUCUGGAGGUAAUUUCUGCUCCAGCGCUCAAAUCACCCACCAGAAGGAUGAGCAAAGAAACCAAGUUGGCCCAAACUGCAGAAGAACAAGAACAGCAAGGAACUGCGUCUCCAAAAGCAACUCCUAAAAGGACUUCUCCAAGAAACUCAGGAGCAGCUGAAACAGAAGUGCCCAAAAAACACAAGCGUGGGGACGUGAAGUCAGACUUGCUAGCCCAAAAAAUAAAAAAGAAGCGCGUUUCCUUUGGAGGUCACCUGAGCCCAGAGUUAUUUGACAAACAUCUGCCUCCUGACUCUCCACUACGCAGGGGGGCCACUCCAAGGAGAAGCUUGUCUCUCUGCAAACCCAAACACUCUGUUUUUAGAAGAGCUUCUGUCAUUGGCUUUCUGAAAGAGCAAAGUUCAGCAAAGUCAAAGACUCUAUCACCAAAGAACUCAUUGGGUGUUCAAGGUGCUUCUCCUAAGACUCCACGUGGGAAAAAGUUGCCCAAGUCUGGAUCUCCUUCCCCCAAAGCCACAUCCCCUGGGAAGAAAGCUCCCACAUCCCGAUCCACUUCUCCAAAGGCUGUGACUCCUGCAAAAACAUCAUCUAGGAGUUCUUCUCCUGCGCUGGCAAAGUCCAGGUCCACUUCUCCAAAGGCUGUGACUCCUGCAAAAACCUCAUCCAGGAGUUCUUCUCCUGCGCUGGCAAAGUCCAGGUCCACUUCUCCAAAGGCUGCGACUCCUGCCAAAACCUCUCCCAAAUCCAGGAGUUCUUCUCCUGCGCUGGCAAAUCAGAAAGCUUACAACACAACCCCGACUGACAAAAGAAGAUCUUCACUGAGAGAGUCUAGUCUUGUUUCCCUUACUGGUGUGACACCAGUUAAAGCAUCUUUAGAUUCUGGAGUCAGUACCCCAAACGUACAGGGACGCUUCUCUGUGUCUCGAAUCAACACCCCGUCACCGACCUCAGAGUCUGAUGCCGUCACUCAACAAGAGCCUUUAAGCACCGUUACUCCGAAAAUACAGCUGAAGAGGAGAAGCAUGAAGCGCACUUCCCGAAGAACUCCGGGUGUUUCCAAGAGUGCGGCUCACGUUCUGCAGAGAAAGAGUGGCGUUUCUCGAGCAUCAAUGAAAGUCAUUAAUUCCUGGGCAGAUAUUGUUAAAUUUGGACAAGCAAAGACCCAAGUUGUUGCUCCAACUAAAACAAAGGUCACACAAAAACCAAAGAAGAAGACACCUGCCAGGACGCUCAAGAGCCAUGCAAGCACUGGACACGCCGAUUCACCUGCCACCAUCUUUGUGGGCAGAGCUCACAAAAGAGCAGUAGCUCAUCCGACUGGAGCAGCACCAAGAGUGGUCACCAAUACUGCACUCUCCAAAAAAGACAUGAAGAUGGACGAGAACUUGUCUGGCAUUUCUGAAAUGUUUAAAACUCCUGCAAACAACAGGAAGAGAAGAUCUUCGAUCACUGAGAGCAGUGCCCGAAAGUCUCGGUCUGUGAUCGAACAAACCGUGCUAAACACGCCAGAGGAGCCAGGUGAGAUGAUCGUGUCCCCUCUGAAUGUGGCUUCUACCGUUAAGAGUCGAAGAUACAACAGUGAGGCAGUCCAACGCCUCCUUAAUGAAGAGCAAGAAUCCAGCUUCACCGGCGGCACACCUGCCUUGGAAGUUCAUUCCAAGUCUGGUGGAGAGCAGGACGCAGAUUUGAAGAUGUCGGCAACAACUCCCGUACAGAAACCUGAAUUAGCAGAGUUGCUCCCAGAAGUCAAGAGGAUCAUGAAAACACCAAAAGAAAAGCCCGAACAAAUCGACUGUCUCACUGGAGUCAAGAGGAUCAUGAAGACUCCAAGACAGAAGGCUGAACCUUUGGAGGACAUCAGAGGAAGACUGUUGAUUACACCCAAACAGAAACCUGCAGAGCGAGAGUGUCUGACUGGAGUCAAACGAAUUUUCAGAACCCCAAAACAGAAGGCUGAACUCGUUGAAGACCUUCGAGGGAAACUUUUGAAGACUCCAAAAACCAGAGAGGUCGAUGAGGUGAGCUUUGAUGGCAUUAAGGAACUUCUGGAGACACCAGUACAAGUGCAAAAAUCUGAUCACCAGUUUGAAAUGACGAAUGUGAAAACUCCAAACAUCAAGAGUUCCCCGGUGGUGUGUCUUACUGACGUCGAGAGAGUCCUGAAAACACCCAAACACAAGAAUUCUCCCGUUGAAGACACGAGAACGCCUAAAGAGAAGGGUAAACCUGUCGAAGACAACUUUGGGAUCAAUAGACUCAUGAGGUCACCAAGGCUGAGGGGCGUCGCUCCAGUGGAAGAUUUUGAAGGACUUCAAGAACUCCUGCAGGAGCCACCAACUGAAGUGGAGACAAACAAAGUAAUAAUGAAAACUCUCCCUCAGGAGGCUGCAGAGGCACCACAGCAACAACCUAAAGAGGAGACAUCACCUUACAAAGUCAAAGAGAUGGAUCCUUCCACUGAGGAGAAACCUGUAAGAGGCAGAAAGGGGAAGACGGUCAAAUUAAAAAUAACUGAAGACAAAGUGAAAGUGCCAGAACCUUCAGAAGAUCCUGUUAUUUCUGCUCCAGCCAGAGGAAGAAGAGGCAAAAAAGCUGAAGUUGCUGCACCGCCCAUCGUUUGUCGCACGACAAGAGGCAGAAACGCAGAGGCGACUGACAUCGACCCCACAGAGAAGGAGAGCACCCCUCAGCCUUCAAAAUCUGCUCCGAGGCCCAGAAGAGGACGAUAUGCCACAAAACCCCCAGAGGAUUCAUCUGAAACGGUUCAGGAAGUUACUGAAGAGAAAGUUACUCCAGAUCCUGAGGGUGAGCAGAGGCCAUCGACUGGGUUUCAACAUAAAGAGGAAGACGGUGAUGCACAGGUGGAAAAAGCUGAGCUGAAACCCAAACGAGGGAUGAAAAACAAGCGACUGCAAAACAAAGCGUGUGCGCAAACUCAAGAUGUCUCCCAAGCAGAAGUACCAAAAGCAGAUGCAAAUGACGCCCACAGUGAGCAUCCAGAAGUGUUGCCUGGUGCGAUGGAAGCUGUCGUCCAAGCCCCUGAUGUUGAGGAAGUCACAGAAAAGAGUGCAGCUCCUGCUCAGAAGAAGCCUGUCCGAGGCCGAAGAGCGAAACUAGCAGAACCUAAAGAAACCCAGGAUAAGCAGGAGGCGACAUGUCCAGACGAGCUUGUUUCUGCUCUGGUCAGAGGAAGAAGGGGGAAGCAAAGAGACGUCGCAGCACCCCCUGCUGUUCAACAAGUCACAAGAACUGGAAACGCAAAGUCACAAAAGAGUGCCUCUAAUCAGCCAGUUAAAGCUCAAGUGGUCCCUGAGGUUUCCCCUGACGCUACGAGUGUCCAGACCUCUCUACACACCACUCAGGAGACAAAAGAUCCAGGACCCUCAACGUCCCAAGUGACACUGAAGCUGGUCAGAGGGAGAAAAACCAAACUGGCACCUGUUGCUCUGGAAGAUGCUGAAGCUGUGAGCAAGGAUGACGUGACUGGUCAGCCUCCACAGCCAGUUCCUGCCGCUGCUGGAAAACCUACGAGAGGAAGAAAGAGGAAAUGUGAGGAACAAAAUGAGUUGGUCGAAAACACAGUUGUCACUGAAGAUGUCGAGCAGCAGUUCCAACCUCCAGUACGUGCCAAGAGGGGAAGAAGUGCCCAACAAAAAGAGGAAGAACAGACGGACAGUGGUGUCAGAACGACUUCACAGAAAACAUCUAACUGCCCGGAGCCCGUUAAGAAGUCACGGAGGACGGGAAAACCUGUAGACCACAAAGAAGAGGAUCAACCAAGUCAGGUGGUUGUUCCAGAGGAGGCAGACAUUCUCCCAGCUGAACCAGUGGUGAUGCCUGAACAGGCUGUAGUUGCAGCAAAGCCCAGGAGAGGAGGGCGGAAGGCAAAACCAGACACCAAGGCUGAAGAGGCCGUAGAGGUCCCUGCUGUCUCCACAGAUACACCAAAAAGAGGCAGAGGAGGAAAACGAGUCGCUCAGAAAGUUGCCUUUGUAGAAAAUCUUGAGCCUGAAGAGCAGAAGAACAUCAGUGCAUCUCCCCAAAUGAUUAAAGCUACCAGAGCAAAGGGAAGAAAGGAUGAGAUUCCAGAAGACAUUCCUGCAAAGAGGGCGCGUCGAGGUGCAGCUACUCAUGAAACCAAUGGAGAAUCGGCCGUACAGGCACCUGCUCCAGCACCAGUCAAACCAGCAAAAAGGGGGAAACAGGCCUCAGCAAAGCCCACAAGAGCAAAGGAGGCCCCAGUGACCGAUGAUCCUGCAAAUCCCUCCGAAGACUUAAGCGAGGCUGCCUCUGAAGAGUCAAAGCUCAAAAAAUCUGUCCAGUUUGAUUCAGACCUGCAAGUCUUUGAAAUUCCUAAAGCAACACCAGUAAAGGCUGGUCGAGGCAGAAAGCCCAAACUGGCUGAUGCUAAAAGCGAUAGCGUCUCAAAAGUUGUGAAACCUGAAGAGGAUCUCUCAGAUGUUAAAGCUCAACCUGUCAAGAGAGGUAGACGAGGAGUUAAGGUUGCUGAUGUGACAGCAGGAUGUGCACGUGAGGAGAAAGAUGCUGAACCACAACCUCAAACCAGACGAGGAAGAUCAGCAAGGAAAUAA